CUCCCUAAUGCAUCGUACUACCUCGGCAUGUGAGUGAACGUCGCGCCGACCAUCCAACCCUUUGUGGGCUCCGUUCCCUUCCACCACUGAUAGAGGCUAUCUAUCUUGGCUGGUUUGCUUCAAUCUAUUGCCUAGCGGUAUCCCGCAUCCUAAUUGAAUCACCAAAGAAAAACUCGACGAGAGAAGGGAACCGACAGGGAAGGAAAAAUGGUUGCCGACGCAGUUAUCUACCAUCCGGCCGUGUCGCACUACCUCAAAUAUGUCGCGACGACGGUCGGGCGCGACAAGCUGCUGCGCACGCUGCAGUACUUUGCCCGCUUCUACGCGUGGUACCUGCUGCGGACCAACCGGCCGCAAGCGUCGAUCCAGCCGUGGGAGACGCUGAAGAAGCAGUUUGGCCUCGUGCGCAAGGUGCUGCGCGCCGGCAAGAACGUCGAGCACUUCAAGGCGGCCGCCGUCGCCGCCGACGCCAAGACGAUGGACCCCGUCCUGCGCUACGCCGCCGUCGGCCGCCAGCUCGGCUACGCCGGGUACCUCACCAUGGACCUCGCCACCCUGCCGGACACCCUGGGCAUCCGCAGGAGCCCCUCGGCCAAGCGCUUCCAGCAGGAGGCCUACCGCUUUUGGGCCGCCGGCCUGGCCUGCAGCGUUGUUGCUCAGCUGUACACCCUCUACCAGCUCCAGCAGCGCGAGGCGAGGGUGGACCGCAAGGAGGGCGAGGGCGUGCUCGAGAGCAAGAGGAUUGCCAUGGAACGGACGGGCAGUCAACUCCAACUAACUUCGGACCUCUGCGAUCUGACGGUGCCUCUUUCGGCGCUCAACUGGGUCCCCUUCGAUGACGGCAUUGUCGGUCUUGCGGGCACCUUGAGCAGUUUGAUUGGCGUGUAUUUGCAGUGGAAGAAGACGGCGUAAUGCAGAAAGAGAGGUGUCGUCGGUGGAGGGUUCUCGAUUAUAGGGUUGUGGGAAUGAGCAAGUGUCUAUUGGGAGUGCUAGCCGGUUCAGCACACAAAAUGGAGACGGGACUCUGGACAUACCUUACGUGUAGGUUGCACUACGAUUGGCAAUGGAUUUGGCGAUGUCAUUUUGAUACCUCAACCUUUUAUUUUCUCUCUUGAAGAAUUUGUAUCUCACAGCUACCGUUUUGGACUUUUAUUCCUGCCAUGUUUGGAGGAACUCUUCCUUCAACCCAGAAUUCUUCAAUCAAGGCCUGACAAGUCUGUCUGAGCUUCCUCAAGACUACACGAGCUGGGGGGACACAGCGGUAAUUUUGCCAUCCAAGGAUGUUAUUGAGAAGCGCGAACAUGGGGUCUUCGACUUACAAUGCGCGCCAUUGGGAGUUGCC